UCUCCUGUGAGACAAGUUCUUCCGCUAUUUAAGGAAUGAGAACCCUCAUAACAAUUCCCUUUAGCUACCACAGAAUUCUCUCUACAUUGAUCACAUUCAAUCUAAUAUACUAGCUUAACUAGUAGAGUUUCAAAGUUGGGAGGUUGAUUGAUUAUUCAAUAUGGUGGUUUUCUUCAAAGGAGGAGCUAAGCAACGACUGGGAAGAUCGAUUAGUUUGAAGACAAAGAGAGCAUUGCUAGACGAUCUCCUGUUGCAGGAGUCACCAGGUUCGGCAAAUACAGCUCGACAUGUGAUCAUCGUCAUGGACGCCAUGAAAGAGUUCAACACGGCGCCUCUCGAGUGGGCACUGGAGCAUGUAAUCAAGGCUGGCACUGUUGUUAUUCUUCUCGGUGUGAUGCCAUGGCUCAACAUUCCUCUGUCUUCCAAGACAUGGCUGGAUAUUUGGCCCGUUGGGUUAGAGGAACUAUCAGCUGUGAAAGAGAAAAUUGAGUGGAAGAGCGAUGUCAAAUAUCUGAAGUUGCAGGCAGUUGUGGAUCUUUGCAAAAACUAUGGGGUUGUACUACAAAAGAAGGUUAUCAUGGGUUAUCCCUCAAGACUGCUUGUUGUUGAAGAAAUUAUAGGCUUUCAUGCCAAAUGGGUCGUCUUCGAUAGACAUCAAAAGAAUGACAGGAAGUUUUACAAUGGGAAACUACCAUGCAACAUGGUCAUGAUGAACGAAGAAGGGGAGGCUGACAUGAUCAAAGGGAGGACUAUGAUAGAUAGCACCGUCGGAGGUUCAACACCUUCUCUGUUAUCUACUCCGAUUCUCAUGAUCUCUGAUCAUUUGAAGGAAUUUCUUAACAAACCGAAACGUGCUCGAGAAGACCGCUCUAGAUCUAGAUCCAGAUCCCUAGGCGAUGUCUAGGAAUGAAGAAACAAAGAGAGGAGGAAUGUUUGGAGAUCGAUGAAGUGGAGGCUAAACUCUGAAGAUUGCUAUUAGUGACUUUGCGAUGGUUUUUAAAUGUCUGGCUACGGUGUCAAGUGAUUGUCAAGCAAGCUAAUCAGCUACUACCCUUUUGUUUGGCAAUUGUGUUUUACCAAGGAUUUCGUUAUGUAAUAAUUGAUAAUCUGCACUCUCCAUCCAUGCCCCUGCACUUGUGGGUGAGAUUCAUCGGUUUCUUCGUUUCAUUUUCUUUUUUCCCCUUUCAUCC